CCCCUCCCCUCCCUCCCUCCCCUCCCCUCCCUCCCCCCGGGCCCGGCGCCCCCCCCGCCCCCACCCCCCCAUGGACAUGCUGGACCCGGGUCUGGAUCCCGCUGCCUCGGCCACCGCUGCUGCAGCCGCCAGUCACGACAAGGGACCCGAGGCAGAGGAGGGCGUCGAGCUGCAGGAAGGCGGGGACGGCCCUGGGGCGGAGGAGCAGACGGCGGUGGCCAUCGCUAGCGUCCAGCAGGCGGCGUUCGGCGACCACAACAUCCAGUACCAGUUCCGCACAGAGAAUAAUGGAGGACAGGUGAGGCUGCGGGCCCGGAGCCCGGCGGCAAAAGGAGGGCUCAGCCCGGGGUCGAGCGGGCGGGCUGGGAGGGGCUCGAACCUGGCCCCUGCCCGGGCCCCAGCGCGGGUCUCGCUGCUCUGCCGCCCCCUGCAGGUGACAUACCGCGUAGUCCAGGUGACUGAUGGUCAGCUGGACGGCCAGGGCGACACAGCAGGCGCCGUCAGCGUCGUGUCUACGGCUGCCUUCGCGGGGGGGCAGCAGGCUGUGACCCAGGUGGGUGUGGAGGGGGCCACCCAGCGCCCCGGCCCCGCUGCUGCCUCUGUGCCCCCAGGUCCCGCAGCGCCCUUCCCACUGGCUGUAAUCCAAAAUCCCUUCAGCAAUGGUGGCAGCCCGGCAGCUGAGGCUGUCAGUGGGGAGGCACGAUUUGCCUAUUUCCCAGCGUCCAGUGUGGGAGAUACCACGGCUGUGUCCGUACAGACCACAGACCAGAGCUUGCAGGCCGGAGGCCAGUUCUAUGUCAUGAUGACGCCCCAGGACGUGCUUCAGACAGGAACGCAGAGGACAAUUGCACCCCGGACACACCCCUACUCCCCGAAAAUCGACGGAACCAGAACACCCCGGGAUGAGAGAAGGAGAGCCCAGCACAAUGAAGUGGAGCGGAGGCGGAGGGACAAGAUCAACAACUGGAUCGUCCAGCUUUCAAAAAUCAUUCCAGAUUGUAACGCAGAUAAUAGCAAGACGGGAGCGAGCAAAGGUGGGAUCCUGUCGAAGGCCUGUGACUACAUCCGGGAGCUGCGCCAGACCAACCAGCGCAUGCAGGAGACCUUCAAGGAGGCCGAGCGGCUGCAGAUGGACAAUGAGCUCCUGAGGCAACAGAUCGAGGAGCUGAAGAACGAGAAUGCCGUGCUCCGCGCGCAGCUGCAGCAGCACAACCUGGAGAUGGUGGGCGAGAGCGCCCGGCAGUGACGCCCGCCCAACCCCAGCGAGCGGCGGGGGCCGCCUCCGGGCCUCUGCUGUCCCCUUCCCCAGCCCUUAGCACAGAGAGGGACAGAUGCCCCUCCCCCAGCUGCGUUUUUUUAUAGUAGAUUUUUAACAAAAACAAAAAACAAAAACGGGGAGAAAUAAUGCAUUUCUGUGGAUAAGCCCCCACCACUCUCCUCAACUUGAAAGCGCUAUCCUCCCGCCCCCCCCGCCGCCCUUCUCCCAGCCCCACUAAGCCCAGCACUUCUAGUGGCCUCGCCGGAGGCAGGCCGGAGGAGGACAGAGGCCCUGCCAUAUCCCACUGCCUCCUUGGUCUCUAGAGGUACUGACACAGGGUGCUUACGGGAAGGGGGGGAGCCUUUGGGGGCCAGCCCCGGGGCCUGGGCCUAAGCAGGGAGGCCAUGUCCCACCCCACCUCUUGUUUCUGGAACCCUGCUCCCCUUUGGGUGUGUGAGUGUGUUUUAAUUUUCUUUAUGGAAAAAUGGACAAAAAAAAGAGAGAGAGAGAGAGAGGUAUUUAACUGCAAUAAACUGGCCCCAUGUGGCCCCGCCUUG